CUACCACCUCGUUUCUGCCCUAGAAACCCGUUGCUGCCUAUUUGUCGAUCAGCCGCUGUGAAGGAGCAGGAGAGACGCCGGAAGGAGGAGGAUAGACGGAGGAAUCCAGCGUGAAGGGGUGGUGAAUAUGAGAAAUCAAGAAGCAGCAGCAGGGAAAGUGCACGAACGAGAAGAAUCAAAAGAGGAAGGGGAAAGAAGGAAGAAGCCGAAGAAGGUUUUCAUCUAUGGGAACUACAAGAGCUACUACGGCUAUCGCAUUGACAACAAUGCAAAGGAAGAUCCAAGACUGAUUUUGUUUAAGAGAGAGUGGUUUGAAGGCAAGGACUGCCUUGAUAUUGGCUGCAAUGAGGGUUUGAUAACUAUUAGCAUAGCAAAGAAGUUUUUUUGUCAAAGCAUUCUUGGAGUUGAUAUUGAUGCAGGUUUAGUUGAAACUGCAUAUUGGAACUUAAGGAGGCUAGCUCGAACGACAAAUGGUCAUAAUAAAUCCAAGGAUGCUUCUAGAACAGAAGAUUCAAUAUAUGUAGACCAUUUGAUUAGUGAUGAUUCUUCAAAUGUGAAAUCAUCUGAUUUUGGGUCCCAUCUUCCUGUUGAAGAACUUUUCAAGAGAGUUUCUUUUCGUCGGGAAAAUUUUGUUGAGAGUUUGCAAGGAUGCACAGAGAAGUAUGAUACAAUUCUUUGUUUGAGUGUAACAAAAUGGGUUCAUCUGAACUGGGGUGAUGAUGGAUUGAUCACUUUGUUUGCUAAAAUCUGGCGACUUCUUCGUCAGGGUGGUAUGUUAAUAUUGGAAGCUCAACCUUGGUCUUCCUAUAAAAGAAAUCGAGGUGUAUCACAGACUGCAAAGUCAAACUUCAAUAGUAUAUGUUUGAGGCCUGAAGGAUUUCGGGAAAUACUUUUGGACAAGAUUGGAUUCAAGUCAGCAGAUAUAAUUACCGAUAGCUUAUCUGGUGCGGCUGUUGGAUUUGACCGACCUGUUGUAAUGUUCUGCAAAUGAUUGGUGAAGAAAAGAUAGCUUCUACGCUAUUCGAUCUGGAGCUAUAACUAUUAUUCCUAGUGGGAAAUGUAUUGAUUCGACAAUUUUGCAAGCGACUGACGACGCUAGAGCUGCUGUCGGAUAACUCUGAUUUGUGACGUACAUAUACUGAUGAUACUUGAGGAGAUGCCAUUGUUGGAUCUUGUUUGUUGGACUAUUUGGCAAAUUUGCCGGUGCGGUUGCCAUAUUUUGUUCCUCGUGGCAACUCUUUUUUUUUUUGGCUUUUGCUGAUGAAAAAGAAAAAUUGGUGUUGCAAUCUAAAUAUCUGUGUAUCCGCGAAUACACGCACAAGUGUAAGUGCAUGUACAUAAGCCUUAAUGGUUAUUUUUUUUUACCAUUUAAUCAAGGGAAAAUUUUACUU